AUGAAGAAGGAGGUCUUGAACGUAAAAGAUGGCACGAUGUCCGAGUCCAAUGAAAAGGCUCUAGUGGAGUUUUUGUCAUUGAAGAGGAGAAAUUAUGAAAUAUUGCAGAGGGAAUCUUCUGGAAAGUUUGGCAGAGAAGAGAAAAAAGACCGUAUGAGAGUUUGUGAUCAGCUCUGUAAGCUUAAUCAUGAUGACAAGAAGCAGAAAACAACACUUCAAUACACAAGCACAAACCUGCAGGCUGCCAGACAACCUGUUAAGGACGUUGCAGAAGGCACAGGUUACGGAGACUUGAAUCCAAGGGUAAAAAAUGAAGCAAUGAAUUUUGAGUCCAAGCCACUGUCAAAGUCUAUAUGGAGGAAUCACAGAAGAUCCUGGACACCAGAGCUUCAUGAAAGGUUUGUGGAGGCUUUGGAAUAUCUUGGAGGACCUCAAGUGGCUAAACCAAAGCAGACAAGGGAUGCAAUGAAGGUAGAAGGGCUGACGAACGAUCAAGUAAAGAGCCAUUUGCAGGUAAUAGAGGAUAACUUAAGUAUCGGCUUAGCAGCAGAAGAGCUUCACCAGCCAGUGCAGAUCCUCUGGAGGAAAGUGUGGAGAAGUUUUAGGACCCAUGCAUAUCAAGGCUCUAUUAUGGUGAUCCUUAAAUUAAAACCCAAUCCUGGAUGGGCAUCAGACAUACCACAUGAGUAA